CAUGCUAAGCGGGUGCGCCUGCAUGUGCUGAAGCCCUACCAGCUCUUGUCAUAGACACAACACGCCAGACAAAUCAAGUGAAAGAAGGCAAGCAUCCCCGGUGAGAGCAAGCCCUGCUCUGGUUUUUCCAGAUCAGUGGGUCAUCAUGAGAGCGUCCAUGGAUGAUCAGAUAAUACUGAAACUUUCAGUCCCAGACAAACGUAUUAAAAAACCGAAAAACUAUGACCAUUCUGAUAUUCUGUACCACACCUUUGACACUCUGUCCAACCUUCACAAGCUGCUUCCAAAUCAUCUGUUGGAGAUGUUUCAUUAUUACAGGAAUGAAGAGGACAAAAAGAAAUGUGAGAAUUCUGAACUCUCUGGUUUAGAAAGGAUCUUAGCAAGACAUGAGUUUCCAAAAGAGGUUUGUAUGACCCCAAAACCAAGCAAAAUGCCCCUAUGGAAAAGAAAGACCAUGAAUAGUGUAAAUUACGGAUGGAAACAUUGCCACUUGUGGAGUAAAAGCAGAGAUGAACCUCCAGUGUCAACUAUAGUUGUCAGAUGGCUGAAAAAGAACAUGCAACCCACAGAAGAUCUUCAGUCCAUAAUCCAAAAGCUGUCAGUGUUUGGGCCAAUUCAGUCAGUCACCCGUUCUGGACGACAAAGUGCUGUCGUGGUGUUUAAAGAUGCGACUUCAGCUUGUAAUGCUAUAAAUGCUUUUCAAGGCAGGAUCCCAGGCACAAUGUUUCAGUGUUCCUGGCAGCACAUGUUCAUGUCAAAAGAUAAAGACUUUUCAAAAUACACUAAGAAGGUACAGCCUAAGGAACAUAAUGAGAAAACUUGGAAACUGUGUUAACUACAUAGACCUAAGGAGCUACAAAUAAGUACAUGUAAAACUGACACUAAAUGGGAAAACUUCCCCAAAUAGAAAUUAAUUAAGAAGUCCAAGAAAAUGUCUUACCUGUUAAAACAGUUAAAACCGAG